AUGGGGGACUGGUCGUUCCUAAGCUCGCUGCUGGACAAGGUGCGGGAGCAGUCAUCGCUGGUAGGUAGCCUCUGGCUGGCGAUCCUGCUGAUCUUCCGAAUCCUGGUGCUGGCCACGGUGGGCGGCUCUGUAUUCAAGGACGAACUGGAGGAGUUCGUGUGUAACACGCUGCCGGGGUGUCGCCAGACCUGCUACGACCGAGCCUUCCCAGUCUCUCACUACCGCUUCUGGCUCUUCCACAUCCUGCUGCUGUCGGUGCCGCCGGUGCUGUUCGCCAUCUUCUCCAUGCACCGGGCGGGCAAGGAGGAGAGCGGCGCGCGGUCGCAGAUGCAGGGCAAGCGCAGACCGCCUCAGAACUAGGGCGGAUGCUACGUGCUGAGCGUGGCGCUGCGCCUGCUGGCCGAGCUGGGCUUUCUGGGCGGCCAGACGCUGCUCCACGGCUUCCGCGUGGCCCCGCACUUCAUAUGCACAGUCUCGCCCUGCCGGCACAUCGUCGACUUCUUCUACUUCGCGGUCGGGCUGCUCUCGGCGCUGUUCAGCUCGGUCGAGCUGGGCUACGCGCUUUGGAAGAGCGGCCAAUACCCGGACCCGGACCCCGACCCCGACCCCGACCCCUUCGGCUGGCACGCCUAUGCGCACCUGUCGCUGGUACGCGACGGCGAGGGCAAGGGCGGCAGCGGCCGUGCCGCGUGCGGACGGGGAGGUCCGAGGCCAACCCCAUCAUUCCGGUUCUCGGAGGCCGAAGCCAGAAGUGGCUUCCCAAAGGACUGUCCCAGGACCCCGCCUGAGCGGAAGAUGCUCAGGGGAUCGCCAGGCUGCAUCGCACUUCCUAAUGCUGGGGCUCUAUAGAAAGAACUGGAGAUCUAGGCGCAAGAGGAGGAUGCUGGGGGUCCUGAGAGAAAAUAAGCAGGACAAGGGCAUAGGUGACCCGAUUACUGUACUGCGGACAAAUUCAACUGUGAC